AAAAGCAAAUAUAGCCUAUCACACUGCAGCGCACACAGACUGGUUACCCUUGUGCCCGGAGCUCCCCAGCGCUUAUUCAGAGAGGAAACCACCGCACGCAACGCUAAGAAUGACACUUCGGUUUAUCGGUCGCCUUCGAGAACUUUGGAUGUUUAGUUGCUAUUUUAACUUUGAGCAUUAAUGGAAUCAACAAUAGACGAGUAAAAUCGCUGCCUUCACAGCACCAGCAAAACAUGUGUUGGAAUUUAGGCUAAGAAGCAGCGGCUACAGAUUGAAAUAAUUAGCCGUUUUUUUCAUUCUUCAAAACAACAAAAGUGAUAUACAUUAUGCAAUAAUUCAGUCGCCUACUGCAGAUUUUCACCUAACUUUUGUGUUAUUUAUGAUCCCAAAUACCAGCCAGAGCUUAGAGAAUUUUCCUAUAGGCCUAGUGUUGCCAAUUUAGCAGCUUAGCCUAUAGCCUAGUUCAUAGACACUCCUGGCAUACCUAGAGAGCUCUUUUUUUAAUAAACGGGUUUCUGCGUUAAAGUAGGCAAUUAAAGAAAACAACCGUUCAAAUCUCCUGUUCAAACUAAACUGAAGGAAAGAGUCAGGAGAUCAGGGAUUUGCACUCUAGUAGGAGUGGUGCGCAACGUCUUUACAGCCUCGCAUCUUCCAUUGACAGGACAGCCGGGAGACAAUCAACUGAUAACAUGGCGAGAAAUAACCAUCGACAUUAAGACCCUCUGUGGUUGAUGGUGAUGCCCGAGUCCAACCCAGCAAUGCAGAGGACGAGAACCUGGUGGUGGCAGGGACGACUGGGGGUUCCUCUGCUGUUUCUGGUUUUCCCACUACUCAGGACCGAACCGCUCCAGCUCCAGCUGCCUUUCAAUGGACUUUCGGAACCCCAGAAUGUGACACUGGCUGCUAUUCUGCCUUUGAGCAACACUGAAUACCCGUGGGCCUGGCCUCGCGUGGGGCCCGCUCUGAUGAGGGCUCUGGAGCGAGUCAAUGACGACCCCACCCUGCUACCGGGCCACCGCCUUCGAAUAGUCUACGACAGCAGCGAAAACAAGGACGGCGUCUGCUCCGACUCAGUGGCGCCAUUGGUGGCCGUGGACUUUAAGUUCUCCUACGACCCAUGGGCCUUCAUCGGCCCUGGCUGCGACUAUGCUUCAUCUCCCGUGGGCCGCUUCACUACCCACUGGGACGUUCCCAUGGUGACGGCCGGGGCAGCGGCCAUCGGCUUCCACUUGUACACAUCCAUCACCAACACGGGCCCCACGCACAAGAAGCUGGGCGAGUUUGGGGUGCGCCUGCAUCGGCAUUUUGGCUGGCACAGACACGCCAUGCUCAUGUUCAGCGACAACAAGAACGACGACCGGCCGUACUACUUUACGGCCGAGGGGUUGUACACGCAGCUGCAGCUGGACAACAUCACCACAGCAGACAAGGUCUUCAAUGAGCAGAAUGGACCGGUCCAGUAUGAUAACCUCAUCAGUGUCAUCAGCCAGAGUGCCCGAGUGGUGUACAUGUGCUGCUCAUGGGACACUUUCCGGAUGCUGAUGGUACAGUUUUGGAGGGAGGGCUUGCCCCCGGAGGACUAUGCUUUCUUCUUCAUCGACCUGUUCGGCCACAGCCUGAGGAAGCGGCCCGCUAGGCCCUGGUACAGAGGAGACGCAGACGACCAUGCCGCUAAGAAGGCCUUCAGGAGUGUGAAGAUCCUGACCUACAAAGAGCCACAGAACCCAGAGUACCUGGAGUUUGUGUCCAACCUGAAGACGGACGCAUUGAACAUGUUCAACUUCACUGUAGAAGACUCGCUGACGAACCUGAUAGCAGGAGGCUUCUAUGACGGGGUAAUGCUUUACUCUCAGGCCCUGAACGAGACCAUGGCCGAGGGAGGGGGCCGGCCGCGAGGGGACAUCGUCACCAAGAGGAUGUGGAACCGCACGUACCAUGGUGUUACUGGCUUGGUUCAAAUUGAUGGAGAAGGCGAUCGGGAGAUUGACUUUGCCUUGUGGGACAUGACCGAUCUUGACUCUGGGGUCUUUCAGAUCGUAUCCGUCUACAACAGCACCCUGAAGGAGUUGGUUCCAGUGCCGGGCAUGAAGGUCCAGUGGCCGGGGGGCGCCCCGCCCCAAGACAUCCCCGACUGUGGCUUCAAGAAUGACAAGCCCGCUUGCUUAGCACGGACUGUCACUAUGCACCAGAUGGUGGCCAUCGUUGUGUGCUUCAUCUUCAUCAUCAUCGCCACCGUCACCGUCUUCAUCUACAGGAAACUGAAGUUGGAGAAUGAGUUGGCUGCUCAGCUCUGGCGGGUGCAGUGGGAGGACGUGCAGAUGAGCGACCUGGAGAAAGUGAUGCGCAGGACCUGCAGCAGACUCACCCUGUCUCUGAGAGGCUCCAACUAUGGUUCCCUCCUGACCAUGGAUGGAAACUUCCAGAUCUACGCCAAGACUGGCUACUACAAGGGAAACAUUGCGGCCAUUAAGUACGUCACUAACAAGAAGCGCAUCGAGCUCACCAGGAUGGUGCUCUUUGAGCUUAAACAUAUCCGUGAUGUUCAAAACGAGCACCUGACUCGCUUUAUCGGAGCCUGUAUUGAUCCUCCCAACAUCUGUAUCAUCACAGAGUACUGCCCCCGGGGCAGCCUGCAGGAUCUUAUGGAGAGCGAGACCAUCACCUUGGACUGGAUGUUCAGAUACUCUCUCAUCAACGACAUUGUUAAGGGGAUGGCCUUCCUUCACAACAGCGUCAUCGUCUCCCAUGGUAACCUGAAGUCCUCUAACUGUGUGGUGGACAGUCGCUUUGUUCUGAAGAUUACUGACUACGGGCUGGCCAGCUUCCGCGAAAAGUCCAAUAUGGAGGACACACACGCCUACUAUGCCCGGAAAUUGUGGGCAGCUCCAGAGCUGCUGAGGGCAGAGUGUCCCCCACCAUGUGGCACUCAGAAAGGGGACAUCUACAGCUUCGGCAUCAUACUGCAGGAGCUGGCCCUGCUCCGAGGGGUCUUCCACAUCGAGGGGGACACCUUCAGCCCCAAAGAGAUCGUAGAGCGAGUGGCCCUGGGCCAGUGGCCCUACCUGCGACCCUCCCUCUGCCCCCAGAGCCACAGUGAAGAGGUGGGCCAGCUCAUGCAGCGCUGCUGGAGCGAGGACGUGAACGAGAGGCCCGAGUUCCACCACAUCAAGCUGCUGCUGCGCAAACACAACAGAGGUUAUGGGUCUAAUAUCCUGGACAACCUGUUGUCUCGAAUGGAGCAGUACGCCAAUAACCUGGAAGAACUGGUGGAGGAAAGGACACAGGCUUACCAUGAAGAGAAACGCAAGGCCGAGGCACUGCUCUACCAGAUACUUCCACACUCUGUAGCGGAGCAGUUGAAGAGAGGGGAGACGGUGCAGGCUGAGGCCUUUGACUCAGUCACCAUCUACUUCAGUGACAUCGUGGGCUUCACCGCCAUCUCAGCAGAGAGCACGCCCAUGCAGGUGGUGACCCUAUUGAAUGACCUCUACACGUGUUUCGAUGCCAUCAUCGACAAUUUCGAUGUUUACAAGGUGGAAACGAUAGGUGAUGCGUACAUGGUGGUGUCUGGGCUGCCGGUGAGGAACGGCAAGCUGCACGGCCGAGAGAUCGCCCGUAUGUCCCUGGCCCUCCUGGAGGCCGUACACUCCUUCAGGAUCCGCCACCGACCUGCUCAGCAGCUCCGUCUGCGCAGUGGCAUCCACAGUGGCCCUGUAUGUGCUGGCGUCGUAGGACUGAAGAUGCCUCGGUUCUGUUUGUUUGGAGAUACAGUCAACACAGCCUCUCGCAUGGAGUCCAAUGGGGAGGCCCUGAAGAUCCACGUGUCGGAGGCCACGCGCUCGGUGCUGGACGACUUCAACUGUUUCCAGCUGGAGCUGAGAGGAGACGUGGAGAUGAAGGGCAAAGGGAGGAUGAAGACCUACUGGCUACUGGGGGAGAGCAUCAACAACAUGGCUUAGUAGAGCGAGAGAGAGAGAGAAUUAGACAUAGACAGUAUUGGAAAGAUGCCGUAGAAAAGAGAGGUAAAGGCAAGGGAGGACUGAGGUAAAAGGAACAGACAUGCAUACAGAUACACAUAGGAAUGGGGUGAAAUAGAAAUAAGCCACAAACAAAUACUCCUGACAACCCCCUCCAGAAUGAUAUUCUCAUCGACUCAGUCUCACUGCUCUUCAAGGGCAUUCCUUGGCUCCUUUAGGUGGAAACGCUCUCUCUAGAUUGACCUACUAUGGUGCAUAAGCUAUCAACGUUGACCUUCCAUGGACAGCUUUCGACUUGUACCUCUCCAACCAAAGGAAAGCUAUCACUGUUACACCGCCGUGUGCCGAAUGGUGAGGCCCCACCUCCUCCGAUUGGCAAGGACGAUGGGCAUUUGCGAACAUCUCCACCCAGUGUUCAAGAGUUGUAACUGUCGCUUUCAAGAACGAACAUUUUGGGACAAUCUUUGGUGGACCUGUUGUUUAUCGUGACGAGAGUAGUCCAAUGUGUUAUUUUGUGGUUAUUUCACUUUGUGACUGACUUGGUGUUCUCUAACAUUUAGAAGCCUUAGUGUUAUGUGAAGCCUUCACAGGCUUUAUUCUAUUUGUUUCACGGUGGUGUUUGUUCUGUGUCACAAUAUCAGUUUGUUCUAUAUCUAUAUAAUUGAACAUGAAUCAAGUGGAGACCAGAGGGGUAUACUACGAAUGUAGCUAGAUGUACUCAGGCUUUUCUGAAAUGACCUAACUUCAUGAACUGUGCGUUCAUGUCGCACAUGGCUAGUCGAACUCCAAACUCAUUCAUUGAGACAAUGCUGAAACAUCAAUCCGUGGGCGAGUCAGUGCCACAUUUACAUUUUUGCCAAAAUCAAUUUACCUGCAAAUUCAGCAGGCUAUGGUGUGAAAUGGGCAACUAGAUGUUUUUUUUAUAUUUUUUACACAUAUUGUGUUUGUUUGUUUGUUUGUUGUGCUUAUCAAUGCACAAGUCCCAUGAUUCCCCACUCCUAACGAUACAAAAAUAGUAUUCAGUCAUACGAAAGUUUUACUGCGCGUGAAGUUUCAAAUGUGUUAUUACUAUUACUAUUACUAUUUUUAACACAAGAAUUUGAUGGGUCCUUCGGCUCAAACACUUCAUUCAAUAGAAGUGGGACAAGCCCCGAGUUAGCCUGCCCGGGAGCAGGCUACUUCUGAAGGAUUCGUUGCCAUAGAUAUGUUACUGGCUAGAGCCAUAUUCGUGUCACCACUUAUCCCGAGUUGACCAAAGUUACCUCAACUCCUCAAACCUGAUUCAUAGUGUAAGGCUCAGUUACCCAUAAUAAUACCAGUCCACAAUGUGUGCUCUACAGCCUGCUUGGCUAUGUGCUUUAGGAGGAAGUAGUGGAGGUAAUCACCACCAUGCCAAUAGUGUUCUUAUUGACAUUGGUGAAAUGUCUCAAAUGGACACUUAUGGCUGUUAAGUUGUGAAUUAGCAUUCAACAGGACAUAUGUAUUCAACAGGACUGUUCAAAAUCUUUUUGGUCAUAAAAAAACAAUUCAUUGCUUUAGUCUGCUCAAGAUAUACUGCGAUGACAAGGAAGAAUGGAGAGUUAGAUUUGGCCAUAAAUGACAACUUCUGGGUGAAUUAAUAUUGUCGCAACCUGUUCUCAGAGUAUUUCGAUUUAUACUAUAUGUAAAUCCAAGACACUCCAUUUAGUAUGAUAUGUUACAUAAGACAGAUGGUCACUUAUAGACAGAUGGUCACUUAUAGACAGAUGGUUAAUUAUAACCAGCUAACCCUCUCACAUUAGGUUCUUAUAUUCCAGACUCAUUUUGAGUUUCAUAUUUUCUAAUGAUCCUUUUUCCUUUACUUACAAGAUGAUGUCAAAAUACCUUAUAUUUCACACACAAGGUUACAAAAGAAUGAGGAUGUCUAGCUCUUCAACUUCGCUUACUGUUACUGAGGGGAAAAGUGAAUAUUUUCAGAAUGGGAGUCCUACUAAAUGACAUACACAGUACAUUGAAAAAUAUAUACACUGAACAAAAAAAUAAACGCAACAUGUAUAGUGUUGGUACCACGUUUCAUGAGCUAAAAUAAAAGAUCACCGACUUUUUCCAUACACACAAACAUUAUUUCUCUCAUAUUUUGUGCACACAUUUCUUUACAUCCCUGUUGGUGAGCAUUUCUCCUUUACCAAGAUAAUCUACCCACCUGACAGGUGUGGCCUGUCAUGAAGCUGAUUAAACAACAUGAUCAUUAGAGUUGCACCUUGUGCUGGGGACAAUAAAAGGCCACUCUAAAAUGUGCAGUUUCGUCACACAAUGCCACAGAUGAUUAAAGUUUUGAGGGAGCAAGCAAUUGGCAUGCUGACUGCAGGAAUUUCCACCAGAGCUGUUGCCAGAGAAUUGAAUGUUAAUUUCUCUACCAUAAGCCACCUCCAAAAUCAUUUUAGAGAAUUUGGCAGCAUGUCCAACCGGCCUCACAACAGCAGACCAUGUGUGUGUCAUGUGGGCGAGCGGUUUGCUGUUGUCAACAUGUGAACAGAGUGCCCCAUGGUGGCAGUGGAGUUAUGGUAUGGGCAGGCAUAAGCUAUGGACAACGAAAACAAUUGCAUUUUAUCGAUGUCAAUUUGAAUGCACAGAGAUACCGUGCCAAGAUCGUGAGGCCCAUUGGCGUGCCAUUCAUUUGCCGCCAUCAUCUCAUGUUUCAGCAUGAUAAUGCACGGCCCCAUGUCGCAAAGAUCUGUACACAAUUCCUGGAAGCUGAAAAUGUCUCCGUUCUUCCAUUGCCUUCAUUCUCACCAAACAUGUCACCCAUUGUGCAUCGACGUUUUCGACAGCAUGUUCCAGUACUCGCCAAUAUCCAGCAACUUCGCACAGCCAUUGAAGAGGAGUGGGACAACAUUCCACAGGCCACAAUCAACAACCUGAUCAACUCUAUGCGAAGGAGAUGUGUCGUGCUGCAUGAGGCAAAUGGUCACAAUAGAUACUGACUGGUUUUCUGAUCCACGCCCCUACCUUUUUUUGAAGGUAUCUGGGACCAACAGAUGAAUAUCUGUAUUCCCAGUCAUGUGAAAUCCAUAGAUUAGGGUCUAACAAAUUUAUUUUAAUUUACUGAUUUCCUUAAAUGAACUGUAACUCGGUAAAAUCUUUGAAAUUCUUGCAUGUUGCGUUGAUAUUUUUGUUCAGUAUAUUUAAAAAAUCUCAAAGUUGACUCUCUGAGGAUACUUCUUUGGCUUGUGAUUUGCAAACAUGUUACAACAAACUGUACUCUUUGUCCUUUUGUUCUCUGGUAUUUUUGGGUGGUUCUGCUCAGUUGAAAGGGAACAACUGCACCACCUAUCUUAUAAGUGGAGCAUCACUGAUAGGCAGUAGGCACCCAUUUGCCAACCAGCGCUAUGGACCAUGUGAAUGUGCUCUCAGUUGAACGCCCCUAAACCUUAAUCUUAUCAGUGAGAUUUUCCCCUUUCCAACUUAAGUCUAAAUGUUUGAUCAUUUAUCACCUAAAGCCAAAGCCAAUACUCCUGAGAUGAUCAGGAUUAGUAAUGAGACGUGGUAAAUGAUAACAGGUCUGUGUAACGUCAGGGAGACAAGUUAUUGAUCAGCAGUAACUCACCCAAUGUCAGGCUUAAUCUGACAGGUAACCCAGCGUGCAAAACUGGUUUCAAUGAUGUCAGUAUAAUCUAUUUUAUGAGGUCAUGGUCAGGUUGCAUACUGGCUAUUUUUAGCAACCAGAAAAUCAUGUCUUUGUCUAGUUUUAAUCUGACCAGAUAACAUCCAAAAUAUGUCUUUCCCAUUGUUUUCUUGUCGUGAAAAAUGUCUUUACCAGGUUGUAACAGAGACCAGUUGGUUGUAAUGUUAUUUUUUCUGAAUCAGAUCAGAAAUGUACAUCAUUAAGACGAUUCCAAGUCAGGUCCGUCUGCAUACGGUAUAUGUCCAAUAUGAAUGUACUCCCAUGGGUUCUGUAAAUCGGUCUCUAAUGCAGUAAAAUGUAUUGUGUUGUUUUGGUUGCUUUGUACUUUAGAGGAGCGGGUUGGUCUUUGUGUGUUACCAUGUAUUGUUUGGUGUGCUUUAAAAUAUGACAUUGACAUUGUUUUUGGGGCGAGAAAGAAAUGUUCAGUUACAUUGCCUGUCUUGUUUCUAGUCAGUUGAAUGUCUUUAUAAAAGCAGUUGAGAACCAAAA